GUUCUAUCUUUUCCAUCAAUCUUGUUUGUUUGGCUUUUUUACGAUAGAAAACAAAUGGUUUUUUGGGAUUCUUUCUGCCAUCAUUUGGAGCUUUUUAGCAGAGAGAAAUCCCAUCUUCCGACACUUCUCUGUUUUCCAUUUCUCCAUGGAUUACUUUGGGAUUCCCACUGUUGUAUCCAUUCCAUCUGAGAGAAUUGUUUUCAGUGGAUUGAAAAUGUAUGUGGUGGAGAGUAAAGGAGGGGCAAUAGCUUGCAUGCUCUUGGCUCUGUUUUUCUUGGGGACUUGGCCUGCAAUCUUGACUCUCCUGGAAAGGCGAGGCCGUCUCCCUCAGCAUACAUAUCUCGAUUACACGAUCACGAAUCUCUUGGCUGCUGUUAUCAUUGCUUUCACAUUCGGUGAAAUUGGAAAGAGCACAAUUGAGAAGCCAAAUUUUAUAAAUCAGCUCUCUCAGGAUAACUGGCCUAGUGUGCUGUUUGCAAUGGCUGGUGGGAUUGUUCUCAGCCUUGGGAACCUGGCGACACAAUAUGCUUGGGCGUUUGUUGGUUUGUCAGUGACUGAGGUGAUCACGUCAAGCAUAACUGUCGUAAUUGGCACAACGCUGAAUUAUUUCUUAGACGACAAAAUCAACAAAGCUGAGAUUCUUUUCCCUGGUGUUGGAUGCUUCUUGAUUGCUGUUUGUUUCGGCUCUGCUGUGCAUUCAUCCAAUGCUGCAGAUAAUAAAGCCAAGCUUACUAGCUUCUCAAAUGACAGCAAGGCCAGGGCACAAGGGUUAAAGGAUGCCUCUGUAUCCAAGGAAACAUAUGCAAACAAGGAAGAUCUGGAGAAUGGAACUGCUACCAAGGAGAAGGCAGAGUUUGGAACCGCACAUUUUCUCAUAGAGCUAGAGAAUAAACGGGCAAUUAAGGUUUUUGGGAAGGGCACUUUCAUUGGCCUGGCAAUAACUUUCUUUGCAGGAGUUUGUUUCUCCCUCUUUUCUCCCGCUUUCAACCUGGCCACUAAUGAUCAGUGGCAUACGCUACAAAAUGACGUUCCCCACUUGAGUGUUUACACUGCAUUCUUCUACUUCUCAGUAUCCUGCUUUGUGAUUGCCAUCAUUUUGAACAUCAGCUUCUUGUAUCGGCCCGUCUUAAAUUUACCCAAAUCAUCGUUCAAAGCAUAUCUAUCAGACUGGAACGGUAGAGGUUGGGCCCUUUUGGCUGGGUUUUUGUGUGGGUUUGGGAACGGUCUUCAGUUCAUGGGAGGUCAAGCUGCUGGAUAUGCCGCGGCUGAUGCCGUUCAGGCGCUUCCACUAGUGAGCACGUUUUGGGGUAUACUUCUGUUUGGAGAGUACAGAAGAUCUUCAAGAAGAACGUAUGCGCUUCUUGUCGGCAUGUUAUCGAUGUUUAUCAUUGCUGUCGGCGUACUUAUGGCUUCAUCUGGACACCGUAAGUAAUUUUAUUUUCUUGGAAGAAUUGAAGCUGCAUUUAUCAGAUGGGAAAACAGAAGCAGGCUCCAAUCCGUUGGUAGUUUACCAUAGCUCCUAGUUUAGUGACUGCAAAACAGCUUUAAACAUCAGAGAAAUUGAAGAUUUGAAGUAGAAAGAACUCAAGCGUAUUCUGUAUAGGUGGUGUAUUUUCAUUCUUGGCAUUAAGCAGCCUCUCUGUAUUUGUAAAUAUCGUAUAAUUCGGUCGACAUGAACUACUUUGGUGUUGGAUGUGA